GGAGUGGAAUUGUUUAAUGCAGGAAGCAGGCUCCAUUUUAGCACCGCCCGCUGUCGCCAUCUGUUUCCCUUCCCUCCCACUUAUCCCCCUCCCGUCCCUAAACCCCAACGGGAAGACUGGGCCUAAGCCUCCGGAGGCUCCAGUGCAAGGAGGGAAGGGGAGAAGGGAGAAAGGGAAAAAGCGAGGAGGAAAAGGGUGAGUUGAGAAAGGUGAGUGGUAGAGGCAAAAGUGCUUGAGCACGCAGCCCGGCGGACGGACUGACGGACGUUCCCGUGCUACUGCGGCCGCGGCUGCGGCCCACGCGCGAGUCGCGUCGAGGCGGCGGCGGAAACAGGAGAGGAGCAAUGGCGGCCGACAGUCGGGAGGAGAAAGAUGGAGAACUCAAUGUUUUAGAUGAUAUUUUAACUGAAGUACCAGAACAGGAUGAUGAACUGUAUAAUCCAGAGAGUGAACAAGAUAAAAACGAGAAAAAGGGAUCAAAAAGAAAAAGUGACCGAAUGGAAUCUACUGACAUCAAACGACAAAAGCCCUCUGUUCAUUCAAGACAGUUGAUUUCUAAGCCACUGAGCUCAUCAGUUAGCAAUAACAAAAGAAUAGUUAGUACAAAGGGAAAGUCGGUAACAGAAUAUAAAAAUGAGGAAUAUCAAAGAUCUGAAAGAAACAAGCGUCUAGAAGCUGAUCGGAAGAUUCGUUUAUCAAGCAGUGCCUCCAGAGAACCUUAUAAGAGUCCACCAGAGAAAGCUUGUCUCCGUAAAAGGGAUCCUGAAAGGAGGGCCAAAUCUCCUACACCAGAUGGUGUCGAGAGAAUUGGGCUUGAAGUGGAUAGACGUGCAAGCAGAUCCAGCCAGUCUUCUAAGGAAGAGGUGAACUCUGAAGAAUAUGGCUCUGACCAUGAGACUGGCAGCAGUGCUUCUUCUGAUGAGCAAGGCAACAAUACUGAGAAUGAGGAGGAAGGGGUGGAAGAUGUGGAGGAAGAUGAAGAGGUAGAAGAAGAUGCAGAGGAAGAUGAAGAGUAUAAGAUGGAUCGACGGAAAGAUGAAGGAAGCUCUGAACAGGAUGAGAGAGAUCAGAAGGAAGAGGGAAAUGAUUAUGACACUCGAAGUGAGGCUAGCGACUCUGAUUCUGAAUCCGUUUCCUUCACAGAUGGGUCUGUCAGAUCUGGUUCAGGCACGGAUGGAUCAGAAAAAGAUAAAAAGGAAAGAAAGAGAGCUAGAGGUAUUUCUCCAAUUGUUUUGAUAGAAGUGGAAGCUCCUGCAUCAGAGUCAUAUGCAGGUUCAGAAAAGAAGCAUGAGAAAUUAUCAUCUUCCGUUCGUGCUGUCCGAAAAGAUCAAACGAGUAAACUCAAAUAUGUCCUACAAGAUGCAAGAUUUUUUCUCAUAAAGAGUAACAACCAUGAGAAUGUGUCUCUUGCCAAAGCUAAGGGUGUAUGGUCCACACUGCCAGUAAAUGAGAAAAAAUUAAAUGCUGCAUUCAGAUCUGCAAGGAGUGUUAUCUUAAUAUUUUCUGUCAGAGAGAGUGGAAAAUUUCAAGGAUUUGCAAGGCUUUCUUCAGAAUCACAUCAUGGAGGAUCUCCUAUACAUUGGGUGCUUCCAGCAGGAAUGAAUGCUAAAAUGUUGGGAGGUGUCUUUAAAAUUGACUGGAUUUGCAGGCGUGAAUUACCCUUCACUAAGUCGGCUCAUCUCACCAAUCCUUGGAAUGAACACAAACCAGUAAAGAUUGGACGUGAUGGACAGGAAAUUGAACUCGAAUGUGGAACCCAGCUUUGUCUUCUAUUUCCCCCUGAUGAAAGCAUUGACUUGUAUCAGGUCAUUCAUAAAAUGCGUCACAAGAGAAGAAUGCAUUCUCAGCCCCGAUCAAGAGGACGUCCAUCCCGUCGAGAACCAGUCCGGGAUGUGGGAAGGCGUCGACCAGAAGAUUAUGAUAUUCAUAACAGCAGAAAGAAACCAAGGAUUGACUAUGCCCCUGAGUUUCACCAGAGACCAGGGUAUUUAAAGGACCCACGAUACCAGGAAGUAGACAGACGAUUUUCAGGAGUUCGCCGAGAUGUGUUUUUAAAUGGGUCCUACAAUGAUUAUGUGAGGGAAUUUCAUAACAUGGGACCACCACCACCUUGGCAAGGAAUGACUCCUUAUCCGGGAAUGGAACAACCUCCACACCAUCCUUACUAUCAGCACCAUGCUCCACCUCCUCAGGCUCAUCCCCCUUACUCAGGACAUCAUCCAGUACCACAUGAAGCAAGAUACAGAGAUAAACGAGUACAUGAUUAUGAUAUGCGGGUGGAUGAUUUCCUUCGUCGAACACAAGCUGUUGUCAGUGGUCGGAGAAGUAGACCUCGUGAAAGAGAUUGGGAACGAGAGCGUGAUCGCCCCAGAGACAACAGAAGAGACAGGGAGCGAGACCGAGGACGUGACAGAGAAAGAGAAAGAGAACUAUGUGAUCGUGACAGAGGACCGAGGGGAGAGAGGUUCGAUACAGAAGAUAAUGUGCUUUUGAAAGCACUGAUUGUUUAAAGAUAAAAAAAAAUCUUGUAUUUUUUUUUUUGUGUGUGUUUACAAGUAGUAAAUUUAUUUUCAGCUGUCUACUUAAAGUUCAUUGUGUAGAAGGAUUUAUUAUGACCCUCUUUGUUCCAAGCAUGCAGUAUAAUAAGAACUGGAAAAAACUCAGAUCCUCCAAAAAAUGCACAGUUGACAAUUUGAGUUGACACUUACUGGGGCAGAAUGGAACAGUCCACGGAUGUAGAUAUUGAUUCAUUCUCCGUAAAUGUUCAUCUACUUACAGUGUGUUCAUUCUAAAGUUAUUUCUUUGUUUGCUUUUAUUCUUUUGGAUUUUGAUUAAUGACUGCCAUGAUAUUUUUCUUUGAUGUGUUUCUAACUGUAGUUGCACACGGUUCAGUAAAAAUAAUGCUGCUAUCAAGUAUGCAAUUAUUGAAGUAUGAUGGUUUGACUAUAUGGCAGUGUUGUAGCAGCCUCUCGGUUUCGCCCUUUCCUUUUUUUUUUUUUAAUCUUAAGUGACUUUUUAUUUUUCUUCAGUCUUCAAUGAUGAGAGCAAUAUUAUGAAGACAUUGCUAUCUAAUUUUUAAUCUUUUUCAAUAAAAAAAUCCCAUGUUCAGUAGCAUGGUUGAUGCUAUUGUUUAGCCUUCCCUCCAAACUGUAAACAUUGGCUUGGAAUGUUCACAACUUGCGCGCGUGACAGCAGAAGAUAAUCCCCAUAUUCUACAUUGCUACUGUUUUGUAUAAAAUAAAUUGGUAAAGAUUGACA